GUGACAACCCAGCCGUUCGCUGGGCGCAACAGCAGCUUCCGCGUCCAAAAUCGACUAUCCGCCGACGCUGCCUUCAUUAGGACUUGCAUCCGCACUCCCUACAGCGCACGCUGUCCGGGACAUGGGUCAUCCUGCUCCCCUUACUGCCCUUUUGCUAUCUCCUCUUGCCACUGUAUGGAGCUAUUAAGCAAUUAUCGACAUCGCAACGGCGGCGGGACCCGAGCGUACACUGCGUUUCUGCAGCAGUAUGCAAACCGUGUCACCAGGAGGUCGCACUUGUCCGAGGUGAAGCUCGAAAAUAUCCUUUCUGGAGAUACAUGCUAUCCAAUUAGUCUCACGAACUUUGAAGCGUAUUUGAUCCAUGAGGCAAGCUAUUCCAUCCCUGACUUGUACUGUGCCAUACUAAACCCGACACAGGAGUACACCGUGGAAAACCUGCAGUUUGUUGUCUGGUUCCAAGACUACCGCGAGCGGUUCAUGGCUCUCCCAGACAAGCUCCAAGCGUCUAGUCCAGGCCGCACGGACUUCGCUUUCGCAGUACCCAGUCCAGCGCGCACGGCACAGCGGGUAGCCGACAGCAUGCGCCAAGCCGACCAGCUCCGGCGCGCCGACGCCAGUACUUCGCCAAUAUUAAGCAGAAACCCUUCGCAUGGGCGGUCUAGGUCGUCGAGUGAUGAGCGCAAUUCGACGGCGCAUUCGCCUUUCAUGAGUCGGGAUGACCCGCCGCAUGCAUCGAUCACGCCAGAGUCGAGGCAGCAGCCGUUCCGCAAGGAAGGCAUGCGCAUCGUCGCGACGUUCUUCAAGCCCGGCGCCGCGAAGGAGCUGCCGCUCGACCCCGUCGUGCGCGACACGGUCAUCCGGGACCUCACGUGGAACACGCACCCAGACGUCUUCCUCCCUGCGUACGAGGAGAUCUACCACAUCCUGGAGACGACGAGCCUCCCGCGCUUCCUCGCGUCUGCGUCCGCGAACAUCAACCGCCCGAAGCAGCUCUUCUGGUACGCCGUCGGCAUCGCAGACGUGCUCCUCGGCGUCGUGCUCGCCAUCGUGCUCAUCACGGCGCUCCCCGCGCCGCCGCAGGCGAGCCGUGCGUGGCGUCUCUUCGCGGUGCCGCUCGCGGGCAUCGGCUUCAUGCAGGCGUACUCCGCCUGGCGCGGGUUCUGCAGCGAGGUGUGGGGACGCGGGCACACGCAGCUGCGCGUGUGGGAGCUGCAGGAGAUGGACGCCGAGGCGGCGCACCACUGGGCGCGCGUCCUGCGCCCCGACGCGUCCCCGCGGCACAAGUCGGCCGAGAAGGCGCAGGUGUGCACGAUCGAGCGCGUCGACGACGUCCGCGCCAUCGCGCCGUUCGCCGCCGAUCGCACGCCCCCGCCGUCCGAGGGCCGCCGCUCCAGCAAACCGGGCGCAGGGAAGCCGCUGUUCACGCGGCUCCCUGGCCUUGGCGGGCGGCGGGGCCGUGACUGCGAUCGGAGGAGCCGGGAUGGGGACGAUGGCGCACGGGCGGACGAAGAGGUCGCGUAUGCGCGUCCGCCUGUGUUUGGCCCGGAGAGGGUCGUGCUGGAUCCGCGGAUCCAGGCGGUGCACCGCCAGAUCAUGCGGGACAUGCUAUAUGCAGGGUUUUGGUUCACUUUGGCGUUUACCGUGCUUAUUCUGGCCGUGCCCGCUUAUCGGUAA